CGACACUCCUAUCAAGCAAUGCUAGUAUAGACCCUCCCUCAAGUAUGGCAGACCGACGGAAUCCGGUUUGGAGGCUCGCCGAACGGGGUAUCUACAUCCGGAAGGUUUAGUCGAAAGAGCACGGCAACAUUCACAAUGAUGGUCAAUUGUCGGUAUCAGAAGCAUGCCAGUGGAAUACAAGUAGGGAGGUCGCAGACUACCUCUGGAUUUCAACCACUUUGGACAAAAUCUGCGGCUCAAUUCACCUCAAAACUCCAUCAUGGUUCAAACUGCUACUGCGACCUGCUUUUGUGGCCCUGUAAAACUCGAACUGCCAGUAUAAGGUCCGGACUUCCUGUUUGCCUUCGUCUGCCACUGCACUGAUUGCCGCAAACUCACAUCCUCCAUGUUCAUCUCUGGCUUUGCAGUCAACAAUGCCGCCAUGAAGCACAUGCGCGGCGAGGAAAAGCUCACCAAGUACUCCCAAAAGAAGACCACCGAAUCUGGCAACUGCAUGACAGAUUUUUUCUGUUCGGUUUGUGGAACACUGAUGUAUAGAAGAAGCUCUGGGUACCCCGAGAUGUCUCUGCCACGCAUUGGGACUGUGGAUGACCUCGAGUUGCACGAGACUAAGCUUAAGCCUCAGCUCGAGGUGUUCUGCAAGAAUCGUGUGAGUUGGUUCAAUGGUGUUGAGGGUGCGAAGCAGAGUCAGGGUGGCCAGUGAUUUAGGUCGAAGAGCUUUUGGGUUGAAACAGAGGAGUAGAAGCGGGCUCGCUACAUGUAUACUCUCUCAUGUGUUGUUGCAAUCAAUUGCAAAGAUGCAAGAAAUAGGCAUCGGUGUAAACAUGCUUAUCUGCCGCAGUAGCCUCAAUCGAUGGUCGUAUUGGACGAGAACUGAAUAGAUGCAAGUACAAGACUCAAAAGUGAUGAUCAAGACAGUCGUGGAAUAUCCGAAUGGUCG